AUGUCCGAGCUAUCGCCGCUCGAUCUCGGCGCAGCGCUGGGCGACGACGCGCGGCGGACGGCGUGGACCGCCGCGCUCGCGAGCCGCAUCGAGCGUCUCCGACGGCAAAGUCCGCUAAGCUACGAAGACUAUGGCGCAAAUGCAAUGUACCUUACAAAGACGACGUGCCAUGACGUUGCCAUGGACGCACCCAGGAGUGGCCUCGUGGAUCGUCCGAGCGACGAAGCGGCGCUUCAGCGCGUUCUUCUCGCCUACGCUACGCGCAAUGCGCAGAUCGGAUAUUGCCAGGGCAUGCACGUCCUUGGCGCCAUGCUACUGCGGCAUCUGCACGACGAAGCGACAGCGUUUUGGGCACUGGCCAUAGUUCUGGAAGAGCUUAUGAUCGCGUAUCACACGCCCGACAUGGCAGGACUCGCCGCCGACCACGCCGUCUUGACAGCGCUCCUGCCUACAUUGGUGCCGGAAGUUGCUGCGCGGCUGACGACUGCGCGGCUCGAGCCGCCAGUGUUUGCGACCAAGUGGUUCGUGACUGCUUUUGCAAAUACACUGCCGCUCCGCGUCGCUGAGCGCAUCUGGGAUGCACUCUUGCUGCGCGUGGCGUCGUCGUCGGCCGACGCUGGCUGCAUCUUGCUCGGCACCGCCGCUGCACUUUUGGCAACGCUGGAACUGGCCGACGUUCCGAUUGACGACGACCCGGCGCUACUGCUGCAGUACAUACAGUCCAUACCCGACAAAUGCGUGGGGUCUGUCGAGGACCAAGACGCCUUCUUGGCCCGCGCGUUUGCCUUGACCGAGCGACUUUGCCCCUUCGAGGUGUCGCAACUGAGAGGCGCCUACGCUUGCGAGCAGACAAUGCAAGCGGACGCCAAGCGUCGCCUAACUGCGAGUCCGUCGCCGGCUUGGGCCAUCGCCAUCUAUAGCGCCGAGCCGACAAAGUUGUGUCCCCGCGGUUUUUCACGGUGGCGAAAAUCGAAAAAGACGCCACUUUUGCUCGACUAUGACGUGGCGUUCGCGCCAGGCGCUCUUGGUCUCGUGCUUACACAAGACAAGAUUGACAGUGCGGUUCGUGUGUAUGGGUACAUCGCGACGACCGCCAUCGGGAAACUGUGCAACAUGAUCCAGCCCGGCGACGCCAUCAUGUCGGUCAACGGUGUGGAUUGCGCGGGCCAACCACUGCUCCAUGUGGUCCAUGAGCUCGCAGCACGCACCGAUCGGUAUCGCAUCGUACGAUUCCAGCGCACGGUAAAGCGCGCGGUCGCAGCACGGACGACGAAAUCACCCAUGUACUCGACCGAAGGGCAGGUGCAUGCAUCGCCCAUGGCGCCGACAGCCUCGUUUGCCAAGCUCUUUGCGCGUCAUCGUAGUCCCCACAUGGCCUAACCCACGACAAACUUCAUUCAAAAUCAACUAAAACGACA